UAUAUCAGUGAACGUAAAAGAAAAAAAGCUCGUUAUAAUCAAGCAAGUCAUCAUCGACAUGAUAAACUUAUACGUCAUAAUUUACGUCGAUUACUUAUUUAUACAGAUUUCACAAUACAAAGUUUAAAUUGA